AUGAAGGAGCCCUGGUCUGCAGCUGGUCCUGAGGACCCCACAGAGAGGAGCAUUGUGGGAUGGAGAAGGUCAUCAGAAGGGGACACAUGGCUGUUGUGUGUGGUGGCAUGGUGAGUAGAACCAACUGACUAGUUACAGUCAGCAGGGCGGAGGAGGAAGAGGAAGGGUUGUGCACUUUGACCUCACAGAGCUCAGUGUGAGAGUCCUCCCUAGUUGUCCAAUUGAAUCUCCCCGUCUCAUCGGAUAACAUGUGUUAUGUGAUCCUGACAGUGUCCUAAUCCACAACAGAGGGAUGAAGUGACUGGAACUAAAUGUUCUGUUUAGGGUUUAGGACUGGUUUCUCUCUCUUUCUCUCUCCUUCUCCUCCCAUUUUUCUAUAUACUGUAUCUCUCGCUCUGUCUCUUCCUCUGCCUCUCUCGCUCCCUCCCGAUCUCCCCCCCCCCCCCCCCCCCGGAUCUAGAGGAAGAAAAAAUAGGUUAUUUUCUUUUGCCUACAUCUUUUCGGGUCACUACUCUAUCAUGCGCCACUGAAUGUUUUUAGACCAUUAGGAUUACUGUUGGUAACUGGUGAGAUUAGGGAUUACGCAGAGAAAAGAGGGAAAGUAGUUUUCUUUCACUGUGGGAUAAAGGAAAAACUUUACACAGAGUGGAUACUAAUCUGGUGACUCACAUGGGAGUGUGUGUGUGCAGGAAUGUAUGGGGGGAAUGUGUGUGUGUACGUGCAUGACCUGUGUGUGAGUGUGUGUCUGUCUGUGUCUGUGUGUCCGGGGAGUGUGUGUGACAGGGACAGAGUGUUAGGGAAUUACAGGGUGUGUGUAUGUGUGCCCAUGUGCCGCCUGCCUGCUCUAAAGUCUGCUCUGACUCUGAACUGUGGUCUAAAGCAUGUCCAAGGUCUCAGAACAACCCGGGGGAGCGCAGUAGCCACCAGUAUAUUACGUUUUAUCUACCGCAGUCAUAGAUACAGUAGGCUACCGGUACAUUAAGUCAACUCUCAAAAGUUAAAAGUUCCUUCAUAGAAGCCGCUCAUUGAUAGGUAUAAUUAUGUGGGCCUAAUUCAGAUAGCUAAUGCAUGUCGUAACAAAAUGGCCAGCGCUUCAAGCCGAGCCUCCUCCUCCACCAUCUCUCGCUUUCUCCCCACCUGCAAAAUUUCAGUCGCAUCUCAUGUCCUACGCUUGUCUGUCCAAUGCAUGUUAACAACUAUACAGUGAGGGAAAAAAGUAUUUGAUCCCCUGCUGAUUUUGUACGUUUGCCCACUGACAAAGAAAUGAUCAGUCAAUAAUUUUAAUGGUAGGUUUAUUUGAACAGUGAGAGACAGAAUAACAACAAAAAAAUCCAGAAACACGCAUGUCAAAAAUGUUAUAAAUUGAUUUGCAUUUUAAUGAGGGAAAUAAGUAUUUGACCCCUCUGCAAAACAUGACUUAGUACUUGGUGGCAAAACCCUUGUUGGCAAUCACAGAGGUCAGACGUUUCUUGUAGUUGGCCACCAGGUUUGCACACAUCUCAGGAGGGAUUUUGUCCCACUCCUCUUUGCAGAUCUUUUCCAAGUCAUUAAGGUUUCUAGGCUGACGUUUGGCAACUCGAACCUUCAGCUCCCUCCACAGAUUUUCUAUGGGAUUAAGGUCUGGUGACUGGCUAGGCCACUCCAGGACCUUAAUGUGCCUCUUCUUGAGCCACUCCUUUGUUGCCUUGGCCGUGUGUUUUCGGUCAUUGUCAUGCUGGAAUAUCCGUCCACGACCCAUUUUCAAUGCACUGGCUGAGGGAAGGAGGUUCUCUGUCACGAUCGUCUUGAAAAGAAGCGGGCCAAGGCGCAGCGUGAGAUGCGUACAUAUUUUAUUUUAGUACACCACAGCGAACAUAACAACAAACGAUACGUGAAGUCCUACGGUACAACCACAAACCAAAAGGAACAAGAAACCACACCAAACGAAUGCCUAACAGCUACCUAAGUAUGGCUCCCAAUCAGAGACAACGAGCUACAGCCGUCUCUGAUUGGGAGCCACCCUGGCCAACAUAGAAACACAAAACUAGAACCUAACACCCUGGCUCAACAUACGAGAGUCCCCAGAGCCAGGGCGUGACAGUACCCCCCCCCCCCCCAAAGGCGCGGACUCCGACCGCGCCAACCAAACACAACAGGGGAGGGACCGGGUGGGCACUCCGCCUCGGCGGCGGAUCCGGCUCCGGGCAUGACUCCCACUCCCUCUCUAACCCCCCAAAGCGCCCCUGGUCCGGUCUGGCCCUGCUGGCCGGAGCUGGACUGAACACUGGUGGAGCGGAAUGCUCUAGCUCCGGAAUGGAGCAGCUGACUGGUGCCGGACCAGGCACCGGUGGAACAGGCACGGGCUGUGCCGGACUGACGACGCGCACCACAGGCUUGGUGCGGGGAGCAGGGACGGGCCGGACCGGGCUGACGACGCGCACCACCGGCUUGGUGCGGGGAGCAGGAACAGGCCGGACCGGGCUGACGACGCGCACCAUUGGCUUGGUGCGGGGAGCAGGAACGGGCCGAACCGGGCUAAUGAAGCGCACCACUGGCUUGGUGCGGGGAGCAGGAACAGGCCGGACCGGGCUGACGACGCGCACCAUUGGCUUGGUGCGGGGAGCAGGAACGGGCCGAACCGGGCUGACGAAGCGCACCACUGGCUUGGUGCGGGGAGCAGGAACGGGCCGGGCUGGCGACGCGCACCAUAGGCUUGGUGCGGGGAGCAGGAACAGGCCGAACCGGGCUGGCGACGCGCACCACAGGCUCGGUGCGAGAGACAGGAACAGGCCGGACCGUACUGGGGACACACGCCACUGGCCCUAUGCGGGGAUCAGGAACGGGCCGGACCGGACUGGCAACACACCCCAGUACCUCUCGCCGUGCCUCUACAUUCUCCUUCCCCCUGGUGUCCAGUAACUCCCGUAACCUGGCGGCCUCCUCUGCCAACCCUCUGAACCACUCUAUCCCGUACACCUGCUGCCCCGUCGUCCACGGCGUGAGCCCCCCCCUAAAAUUUCUGGGCUUGUCUCUCCCCCGUGGACCAGGCCUCCAUGGUUCUCGCCCAACUCUCACUCCACUGCUCCCAAUUCCAACCUCUAUCCUCAUCACGCUGCUUGACCCAGUCGUGGUGGUUUCUUCUGUCACGAUCGUCUUGAAAAGAAGCGGGCCAAGGCGCAGCGUGAGAUGCGUACAUAUUUUAUUUUAGUACACCACAGCGAACAAAACAACAAACGAUACGUGAAGUCCUACGGUACAACCACAAACCAAAAGGAACAAGAAACCACACCAAACGAAUGCCUAACAGCUACCUAAGUAUGGCUCCCAAUCAGAGACAACGAGCUACAGCCGUCUCUGAUUGGGAGCCACCCUGGCCAACAUAGAAACACAAAACUAGAACCUAACACCCUGGCUCAACAUUCGAGAGUCCCCAGAGCCAGGGCGUGACAUUCUCACCCAAGAUUUGAUGGUACAUGGCCCUGUCCAUUGUCCCUUUGAUUCAGUGAAGUUGUCCUGUCCCCUUAGCAGAAAACCCCCCCCAAAGCAUAAUGUUUCCACCUCCAUGUUUGACGGUGGGGAUGGUGUUCUUGGGGUCAUAGGCAGCAUUCCUCCUCCUCCAAACAUGGCGAGUUGAGUUGAUGCCAAAGAGCUCAAUUUUGGUCUCAUCUGACCACAAUACUUUCACCUAGUUCUCCUCUGAAUCAUUCAGAUGUUCAUUGGCAAACUUCAGACGGGCAUGUAUAUGUGCUUUCUUGAGCAGGGGGACCUUGCGGGCGCUGCAGGAUUUCAGUCCUUCACGGCGUAGUGUGUUACCAAUUGUUUCCUUGGUGACUAUGGUCCCAGCUGCCUUGAGAUCAUUGACAAGAUCCUCCCGUGUAGUUCUGGGCUGAUUCCUCACCAUUCUCAUGAUCAUUGCAACUCCACGAGGUGAGAUUUUACAUGGAGCCCCAGGCCGAGGGAGAUUGACAGUUCAUUUGUGUUUCUUCCAUUUGCGAAUAAUCGCACCAACUGUUGUCACCUUCUCACCAAGCUGCUUGGCGAUGGUCUUGUAGCCCAUUCCAGCCUUGUGUAGGUCUACAAUCUUGUCCCUUACAUCCUUGGAGAGCUCUUUGGUCUUGGCCAUGGUGGAGAGUUUGGAAUCUGAUUGAUUGAUUGCUUCUGUGGACAGGUGUCUUUUAUACAGGUACCAAGCUGAGAUUAGGAGCACUCCCUUUAAGAGUGUUCUCCUAAUCUCAGCUCGUUACCUGUAUAAAAGACACCUGGGAGCCAGAAAUCUUUCUGAUUGAGAGGGGGUCAAAUACUUAUUUCCCUCAUUAAAAUGUUAAUCAAUUUAUAACAUUUUUGACAUGCAUUUUUCUGGAUUUCUUUGUUGUUAUUCUGUCUCUCACUGUUCAAAUAAAUCUACCAUUAAAAUUAUAGACUGAUAAUUUCUUUGUCAGUGGUCAAACGUACAAAAUCAGCAGGGGAUCAAAUACUUUUUUCCCUCACUGUAGCAUGCCCGCUCCAUAUAGCAAGCUGCUCUAUCCGCACUGAUUGGUUAUCUUGGCCAGGUCGCAGUUGUAAAUGAGAACCUGUUCUCAACUGGCUUACCUGGUUAAAUAAAGGUGAAAUAAAAAAAAUAAAAAUAAAAUAAAAAGGAACAGAAAGGAACAAUAUAAAUCGUUACUUUUUGGGGGGUUCGAACUGAUUCAAAACUUUGCUGGUCAGAACAGUGGAAUAGAAUGAAAAAAAAUUAUGGUUUUGUUCAGAACAAAACAAUUGGAAAUGUAGGUUCCAUCCCCUGACACAAAGUAACUGGUGAUCUUAAGUUUAAAUGCAACAAUGUUUUAACUUUCACACGCAUUUUCAAAGAGAUAGCUAACGGCAAGUGAGCUGCAAUAAAUAACUGUGCCACUUACCAGAUGAUUAUCAUUUUAAACUUAAUUUAUUGUUGAAAGUUAAUCUUCAAAAGGUGAUGAUAACAAAUUAGCAACAACAUCCUCCGAGUCCUCGAUAACACCUGCUGCUGCUGCAGCCACAGCCACACACAACAAAAGUAAGCUAAAGCGUGGGAAAACUACUGCUGCUACUGCUGCUCAGUAGUGACGUCUCAGGGCCUUCGAGAACGUAUACGUUUUCACCCAUCAAUAUGUAAAAACUGUCCCACCCAUUGCAAGUCUAAAUGUAAUUGGUUUUCCACUCUCACGCCAAAAUUCUGGCAUAAUACAGUUGAAUGGGCGACGCCUUCAAUCUAGCUUCUGAAGGACCUAGCCAAUUGCUGAGCUAGUUAGCUAGAUUUUUCUCCCCAGAGACCACCAAAGAAAAAUCCUGAUUGGAUCUUUUUUUCUCUUACAGUGAGGGAAAAAAGUAUUUGAUCCCCUGCUGAUUUUGUACGUUUGCCCACUGACAAAGAAAUGAUCAGUCUAUAAUUUUAAUGGUAGGUUUAUUUGAACAGUGAGAGACAGAAUAACAACAACAAAAUCCAGAAAAACGCAUGUCAAAAAUGUUAUAAAUUGAUUUGCAUUUUAAUGAGCGAAAUAAGUAUUUGAACCCCUCUCAAUCAGAAAGAUUUCUGGCUCCCAGGUGUCUUUUAUACAGGUAACGAGCUGAGAUUAGGAGCACACUCUUAAAGGGAGUGCUCCUAAUCUCAGUUUGUUACCUGUAUAAAAGACACCUGUCCACAGAAGCAAUCAAUCAAUCAGAUUCCAAACUCUCCACCAUGGCCAAGACCAAAGAGCUCUCCAAGGAUGUCAGGGCAAAGAUUGUAGACCUACACAAGGCUGGAAUGGGCUACAAGACCAUCGCCAAGCAGCUUGGUGAAAAGGUGACAACAGUUGGUGCGAAUAUUCGCAAAUGGAAGAAACACAAAAUAACUGUCAAUCUCCCUCGGCCUGGGGCUCCAUGCAAGAUCUCACCUCGUGGAGUUGCAAUGAUCAUGAGAACGGUGAGGAAUCAGCCCAGAACUACACGGGAGGCUCUUGUCAAUGAUCUCAAGGCAGCUGGGACCAUAAUCAAGAAAACAAUUGGUAACACACUAUGCCAUGAAGGACUGAAAUCUUGCAGCGCCCGCAAGGUCCCACUGCUCAAGAAAGCACAUAUACAGGCCCGUCUGAAGUUUGCCAAUGAACAUCUGAAUGAUUCAGAGGAGAACUGGGUGAAAGUGUUGUGGUCAGAUGAGACCAAAAUCGAGCUCUUUGGCAUUAACUCAAUUCGCUGUGUUUGGAGGUGGAGGAAUGCUGCCUAUGACCCCUAGAACACCAUCCCCACCGUCAAACAUGGAGGUGGAAACAUUAUGCUUUGGGGGUGUUUUCUGCUAAGGGGACAGGACAACUUCACCGCAUCAAAGGGACGAUGGACGGGGCCAUGUACCGUCAAAUCUUGUCGUGGAUGGGUAUUCCAGCAUGACAAUGACCCAAAACACACGGCCAAGGCAACAAAGGAGUGGCUCAAGAAGAAGCACAUUAAGGUCCCGGAGUGGCCUAGCCAGUCUCCAGACCUUAAUCCCAUAGAAAAUCUGUGGAGGGAGCUGAAGGUUCGAGUUGCCAAACGUCAGCCUCGAAACCUUAAUGACUUGGAGAAGAUCUGCAAAGAGGAGUGGGACAAAAUCCCUCCUGAGAUGUGUGCAAACCUGGUGGCCAACGACAAGAAACGUCUGACCUCUGUGAUUGCCAACAAGGGUUUUGCCACCAAGUACUAAGUCAUGUUUUGCAGAGGGGUCAAAUACUUAUUUCCCUCAUUAAAAUGCAAAUCAAUUCAUAACAUUUUUGACAUGCGUUUUUCUGGAUUUAUUUUUUGUUUUUCUGUCUCUCACUGUUCAAAUAAACCUACCAUUCAAAUUAUAGACUGAUCAUGUCUUUGUCAGUGGGCAAACGUACAAAAUCAGCAGGGGAUCAAAUACUUUUUUCCCUCACUGUAUGUGUUAACCCUUCCAUUUCCAACACAAACUGAAGAGAUAUAAUCAGAAUAUAAUUUAAAUGAUUGAACAGAUUAAAUAUACAUUUAAAAUAAAUUAAAAUACAAAAAUAUAAUACAAAUUCUACAAAUCCUUAGGGCUUAAUAAUAAUAAUAAUAUGCCAUUUAGCAGACGCUUUUAUCCAAAGCGACUUACAGUCAUGCGUGCAUACAUUUUUUUUUGUGUAUGGGUGGUCCCGGGGAUCGAACCCACUACCUUAGCGUUACAAGCGCCGUGCUCUACCAGCUGAGCUACAGAGGACCACAGGCUUCACUGAAGGCCUAGAAGGCCCUGACGAGACAUGCUCUACCAGCACACAGCACUCUCUGGCUCACUAUACUGUUUGUCAGGACCUGUUUUGAACCCUAUAAUACUUUCUCUGGUCUUGUAUAAAAAAUAACUUGUACAAAUAGUACGUAAAAACACGAACAUAUUGCCCUAGGGGCUGGUAAAAGACCAACAAAUAGGCGGUAGGCGUGCCCUGUACAGUUACAUUAUAGCAUCAAAUCAUUCCAGGGACAUGGAAGACAUGGACAGGUUUCCGCAGAGGGCUGAGAAUACAGUACAUUUGGGAAAGUAUUCAGACCCCUUGACUUUUUCCACAUUUUGUUACGUUACAGCCUUAUUCUAAAAUUGAUUCAAAAGUCUUUUUUUGGUACCCUUCCCCAGAUCUGUGCCUCUACGGUCAAUUCCCUCGACCUCAUGGCUUGGUUUUUGUUCUGACAUGCACUGUCAACUGUGGGGCCUUAUAUAGACAGGUGUGUGCCUUUCCAAAUCAUGUCCAAUCAAUUGAAUCAAGGGGUCUGAAUACUUUCCAAAGGCACUGUAUGUCCUUCCCCAUCUCCCUUUCCUUCUCUCCUUCCCUCCUUCCCCCUGCUCCUGUCAUGGCUGCUAGGCAGGUCUGCCUGUAAAGUGGGGGUCAAGGGGAGGGAGGAGGUGUAAGGGGUCAGGAAGGAGAAGCGGGGGCUGCUCAGGGAAGACUGACUGUUUCUGAGAUAAGUGCAGCGGCCUAUAGCCGGGAGACUGACAGUCUUGCCGGUGGCAACAGACAGCAGGAAAAAAAGGAGCUCAUCACCGAUCCCAUUUUGCUCCCGUACUUUGCUCUGGAUUGGAUGAGAUGCUGAGAUGGGAUUUUGGAAUACUGGGCAGUGUCUCCUCUCUCUCCCUCUGCGUUCUUUAAUUAUUUGUUGUGUUUUUUUGGGCCAGACAGACCUGAAAAGCAUUGAUUUUACUGCAUCCUUCAGAAGUGUUUCUGCAGCCAAUACUUUGAUUAUUACUCUGAGACUGUAGCUGGGUUUGGUUUCGUUAGCCCCUCCUCCUGUAUCCAUCGCCUGUCAACCCUCAGGGGUGCUCUUUCACUCUACAUGCAGUAGUCCUAUGGAUGAAGCCCAACGUGUCUCUCCUCCCUAUCCAAUCUGCCUAUUAACCUUUCACUGUAUCAGGUGAGUGGCACAGAGCCAGACAUCAUGCAAGGUUAAACUGUCAGACAGAGAAGAGAGAGAAAUAGGAAAGGAGAGGGGGGGACGACAGAGAGAGAAGGAGGAAAGGGAUGUUAGGGAAAUUGUAAGAGAAUAGAAGACAGAGGUAGCAGGUGGGGGGGGGGGAGGGAGGGAGGGGGAGGGAGGGAGAGAGAGAGAGAGAGAGAGAGAGAGAGAGAGAGAGAGAGAGAGAGAGAGAGAGAGAGAGAGAGAGAGAGAGAGAGAGAGAGAGAGAUAUUCAGGAGGAUCGAUAUGUCUGCUUUGUUUCGUCAUUAGAGUGCCCAAAGGUCAAAUGAGAUUCCACACAGCAGAAUGCCGCAGCAAGGUGUGAAUAAAAUACUGUACACACAAGGACAAAGGCACAUACACACACAGCUUUUUGUUUUGGCUUCCAGCUAAAUGAACAUCAACCUUGCUGUUAGUUUUCGAUUUGUUGUCUAAAAGUGUCUCCUGUGUCUCCUGAGUGGCGCAGUGGUCUAAGGCACUGCAUCGCAGUGCUAACUGUGCCACUAGAGAUCCUGGUUCGAAUCCAGGCUCUGUCGCAGCCGGCGCACAAUUGGUCCAGGGUAGGGGAGGGAAUGGCCGGCAGGGAUGUCGCUCAGUUGAUAGAGCAUGGCGUUUGCAACGCCAGGGUUGUGGGUUCGAUUCCCACGGGGGGCUAGUAUAAAAAAAAAAUAUAUAUAUAUAUAUGUAUUCACUAACUGUAAGUCGCUCUGGAUAAGAGCGUCUGCUAAAUGAUGUAAAUGUAAAAGGUUGUCUUGGCGCAGAGACGACAUGUUAGAGGUGAUCCUGCCUGUUAUUGCCUCCCAGACUCUGUUUUUUGGGGGGUGAUUUUUUAAAACUGUUUGCAUCAUUUAUAAUUCCCCUUAUAUUUCCCCCCAACCCUGCCAUCCCUACCCUGAUUGGAGUAAACUAACGGACAACAAUACUUCUACUGCUACAUACAGCUAUUUUCACUCACAUAUUCCUAAUUUCAUCUUUCUUCAAGUGCUGGGUUUUCCCCCACAGCACCAUUCAUUCUGAUCUUAACUCAGAUUUCCACAGAUUAACCCAUUUUCCCAGUAUAAUACCAUUUUGCUAAUUCCUUUUGGAAUACAUCUCUCCAUUUUACUUUGAUGUCUAGCAAGGUUCUCUGUUUCUCUCUCUUCAUUUCUCUCUCUCUCCAUCUCUCUCUCUUUCCUCGAGCUCUCUUAGAGCUAAUACACAGACCCGGAGCUAUCUCUCUCUCACGAUCUUCUCUCUCUUACGCUCGACGCGCUCUCUCCUCUCUCUCUAGCUCUCUAUUCUCGCCCUCUCUCUCGCAGCUCUAUCUCGCGUCUCUCUCUCUAUCUCUCUCUCUCUCGCUCUCUCUCUCUCUCUUUCUCCCUCCACCUCUGAUCUGGCUUGAUGUGUAGCCUAAAUAGAUUGGCUUUUUUGCUUGUUAGUGAGGACAUACCCAUCCCGUUCCUGAGCUUUUGCACACACAGACACACACCCACACACACAAACAAACAAAAACACACACACACACACACACACACACAUACUUCAGUUCUCUUACUGUAAGUAACUCAAGGAGAGGACAAAGUGCCUGUCUGCCUGAUCCUUACACAGUUUUUUUUGUUGGAAGAUGGUUUUCUUAUUGCUAGAGUGAUGGACUGAUUAUGUAGAGUGAAAUCUUCUGCGCUGUGAUUGAGUCAAAUCCCAUAUGUUUAUAUUGGUAUUCCCUUUCUCUAUCAGCCCAGUGGGGUAUAACUCUGAUUCGUAAGGGUGUAUGCUGGUUUUUGUCCUAGCCUUUUAAUCAGAGGCUUGUUUAGAAUUGGGUAAGUAGGUGAGAGGACUGUGGCAGUGUGGGUAGCCUGAUGUGGUGUGGUGUGUGUGUGGCUGUAUUGUGUUGUUGCGGGUGAGAGGAAUCUCAUCUCCGACUGCUAAAGGAGCCCGCACUGUAGUUGAUAACUGUGCCAGGUCAAUGCCAUGGAGGAGAUGUGUAUUAUAACUUGUCAUGCAUCGAUUUCCCAGCCAGCCGGAGGAGGAGAGCACUCUCACCCACUCACACACACACACACACAGAGAGAGAGAGAGAGAGAGAGGAGAGAGAGAGAGAGAGAGAGAGAGAGAGAGAGAGAGAGAGCCCUCUCUCCACAAAGAGACAGCUGGAUGCUUGGUCAACACACAAACAGUGUCAGCAGGGAGUGGAGCCCACUACAGUCAACAUGAGACUGGGAUUUAGUGAUAGGAGAAGAGAGGAGAGGAGAUUACUUUUUGUCCUCCUUAGGGUCUGUUCUUUCAGUACUGAGCAAUGUCCUUUGUAUUCUCUCUCUCUCUCUCUCUCUCUCUCUCUCUCUCUCUCUCUCUCUCUCUCUCUCUCUCUCUCUCUCUCUCUCUCUCUCUCUCUCUCUCUCUCUCUCUCUCUCUCUCUCUCUCUGGGUAUUAGGUGUGUAUCAGUGACAGCAUAGUGAAUGCACAAGCCAGUGUACAGUAUGAAAAGCUUUACACUUAUACUAUAGGCACUCAUCGAUCACCAAACACUUUGUUCUACUGAAUCUAAUCCAUAAAAAACUGGAGUUGUGUGGUGGCAGUUGGACUUUUGGGCAACACAGAACCUACAAGCUCAGCAGAAUGGCCCAGUACCACCCAAAACCCCUCGACCCACAAAACAUCUCUCUCCAUUCUCUCCACUCUCCAGUCAGCAGACGAGUGAAAUGCUGAUGUCGUCAUUCUUCUAAUUCAGCUGCUAUAGAUGGCAACCUUUUCAAUUUUCCUUCUUUCUCCAGUAGCCUUUGCAGCUCUCAGAUGUGUUAGAUUGGCUUCCAUAGGUCAGGCAAUAGACUGAGGCUCUGGGCCAGUGGCUGUGUGUGUCCACAUGUAGUAGUGUGGUGAUGUAGUGAGCUGGCUGCUGAGUUAAGCAAGCAGGAAGUCAGAGUGCCCUGGUUUGGUUUGACAGCACUGCUAAGGUGCAAACACACUGCUCACAGCUGCCUCCCUCACAGAAUCAACACCUUCAGAAGUGUCACUUUUCUCUUUCACACAAGACUUGAGAUGUCAAACACACGUGCAUGUACACAUGCUCGCGCACAGACACACACACAAACACACACACACACUGAUUAGUGUAGUCAUGGUGACAAACUUUAUAGUUAGUCACCACUGUAGCUCAGUUGGUAGAGCAUGGUGCUUGCAACGCCAGGGUUGUGGGUUCGAUUCCCACGGGGGGCCAGUAUGAAAGAUGUAUGCACUCACUAACUGUAAGUCGCUCUGGAUAAGAGCAUCUGCUAAAUGACUAAAAUGUAAAUGUAAUAGUUUUGUUCGUUAGCUGGAGUUAUUGAAUUGGUUUGAAUCGAAUUAAUUUUUUAUUUUAUGAGGUAGGAGGAUUUGUACAUUUUGAUUAGAAAACGUAACUUCAUGUGCUUAAAACUUUUCUGAAGAAACUUUUCCCAGUUUGCAGCCCUGAACUCUGCUAAUACCAUGGAUGGGGAGGCACAUAUCAUCGGCAGGAUUGCGGUGUAAGCACAAAGCAAUUUGGGUAAUGGAAUUUGUUGAAGGGGGGGUCCUGGCUAUCGAUGCAAGUCAUUCAUCACUCAACGCUGAUCAAAAGCCCAUUUAAAACUAACCAACUCUGACUGCAUGCUCAGAGAUGGAGGAGAAAAUGCUUGAGUGGUUAUCAGUGUAUAACAUUAUAUUGUAAUAUAUAUUACAUCAAUGGGUGUAAGAGAGGAUGUCAGAACUUAACUCUCAUUUUAGCCAGACAUGAUUAACUCUCAGACUUGUGCAGCUGACUAGGCAUCCCCUUUCCCUUCCCUUUCCCAAUGUUCUUAUCCCUAUCCUUUGCUUGCUAGCUAGACAACUUCGGCUAACAUAGUCGCAUCAAACAGUGCAGCCAGAAUAACAGAAAAGUAGCUGCAUUUGCGUUUGUUUAAGCUGUUUUCUAGUAAUUUCAUCUGGCAUAGAAAAUUUGCUCUCUCGCCAGGACACUGUUCAGAGAAGCUAGCCAGCUAACUUACACAGCUAACACAAUCACUUCAAAUUGAAGCUGGAAUGACAGCAAACUAGCAGCAUUUCGUGUUUUUCUAUUGGCAUUCUUUUUUUUUGUUCUUUUUUUUGGUCUUUUUAUUAUUUUAUUUUUUUAUUAUUUUUUUUGGGGGGGGGAAUGGAUCAGCUUAAUAUUGCAGAUAGAUUGUAUCUUCUAUCAAUGUAAUUGUCUGCAUCACUUCCAAUCCCCCAUGUUUUUUUUAUAUAUAUAUACUCCCCUUUAUUACUUUUCAACCCCACCAUCCUUUCCCUACUUGGAGUAAAUUAGUGAACAACAAUGACCAGGCCUCUACUUCCGGUCUAUACUUACUAUCUACACCUUAUGGACAGAGUUAAUUUUACAAUAAUUAUAUUAUAUAUAUAUAUAUAUAUUAUUUUUUUUUUAGCUCCUGAACUUCUUCUACUCUCAACCUCUCUGAUCAUUUUCAUGAUGUCCAUCCGGUUUGCUUCUAUAUGCCAUAUCUAUCUAACUGUGCUCUUUCCCAAAAGCUCCCAACAUACAACCUAUAUACUUAUUAUGGACACAGUAUGCUUACAUUAUUAGCUAUCUUUGUUAUUAUUUGUUGUUAUUUGUUAUUAGUCCCAUCCUUCAACUCUAUUCAAUACCUCCCAUCUAUCUCUUAACACCAUCCAUAUAGGAUUUCUAUUUGCCAUAUAUAUUUCGACCGUACUGUGAUGUUUUACAAAAGUUCUGAACCUUUCUAUUCUCAUUGCUUCUACAGAUUGUGUAUUAAAAAUAAACAUUUUUGCUAAAAGUAUUAUUAUACUUUUCCCAACUAUUUUGCAAUCUAUAUGGGACGGCUGUCAAUCCUUUGGUCCUUAAGUGAAACUGAUAUACUUUUUUAUUUAUCACAGUUUUCCUUAACCAAUUAUGUUCUUUAAUGCAAGGCCGACAGACAAGUUCCUUACUUUCUCCCCCUUCCACUUUCCUCUUCCACUUUUGCGGUAAGGCUGCAAUUAUUUGGUUGUAAUAUUGGGUAGAGCAGACAUUUCCAUAUGUUUUUGUUAGCUGCAUGUGCGACAUAACUCCACCAGUCCUACCGAUGAUAUCAUUUACGAAGAUUAUACCUUUUUUAAACAUUCUGUCAAAAAAUAAAGGUUUUUUGUCAAUUAGUAUAUUUGAAUUUAACCACAAUAUUUGUUGCAUUAUUUGUUCUGUCGUUUCUGGAUGAUUAAAUUGAAAUUGCAACCAACUUUCUAUGGCUUGUUUUAGAAAUAGUGAUAUUUGGGAGAUGAUUUCCUUUUCAAAUAACUGAAAGUGAGAGGUUGUAAUCUGAAUAAAGGGAAAAAGGCCUUUCUUGAACAUUGGGUGAGACAAUCUUACUAAUUUGCUUGAGAACCAGUUCGGAUUUAAGUAUAACUUUUGGAUGACUGAAGCUUUUAGUGAUAGGUCUAAUGCUUUAAUAUUUAAUAAUUUCUGUCCUCCGAAUUCAUAUUCAUUAUAUAAAUAUGACCUUUUAAUUUUGUCUGGCUUGCCGUUCCAAAUAAAAUUGAAUAUUUUUUUCUCAUAUAAUUUAAAAUGUUCGCUAGGCGUAGGCAAGACCAUAAGCAAAUAGGUAAACUGGGAUAAUACUAAAGAGUUAAUCAGGGUGAUUUUUCCACAAAUUGACAGGUAUUUUCCUUUCCAUGGUAGUAAGAUCUUAUCUAUUUUUGCUAACUUUCUAUAAAAAUUUAUUGAAGUGAGAUCAUUAAUUUCCUUUGGGAUAUGUAUUCCGAGUAUAUCCACAUCACCAUCAGACCAUUUUAUUGGUAAACUACAUGGUAAUGUAAAAAUUGUAUUUUUUAGUGAUCCAAUACGUAAUAUAGUACAUUUGUCAUAAUUUGGUUGUAAUCCAGAGAGGUUAGAAAAUGUAUCUAGAUCCUCUAUGAGGCUGUGGAGGGAUUCUAGUUGUGGAUUUAAAAGAAAACAUGAAUCAUCAGCGUACAAUGACACCUUUGUUUUUAAGCCCUGUAUUUCUAAUCCUCUGAUAUUAUUAUUGGAUCUGAUUUUAAUAGCUAACAUCUCGAUGGCCACAAUAAAUAGAUAUGCCGAUAGUGGACAACCUUGUUUCACUCCUCUUGACAGUUUAAAACUUUCUGAGAAAUAGCCAUUAUUUACUAUUUUACACCUAGGGUUACUAUAUAUGAUUUUGACCCAUUUUAUAAGAGAUUCUCCAAAAUUGAAAUGCUCCAGGCAUUUAUAUAUAAACCCCAGUCGAACUUUAUCAAAUGCCUUUUCGAAGUCUGCUAUGAAUAGCAGGCCUGGUUUCCCAUAUUUGCCAUAGUGUUCUAUUGUUUCCAAUACUUGCCUUAUAUUAUCUCCAAUGUAUCUUCCAUGUAAAAAACCUGUCUGAUUAGAAUGAAUAAUAUCCGACAAUACCUUUUUAAUUCUAUGCGCUAUACAUUUUGCUAGGAUUUUUGCAUCACAACACUGAAGUGUAAGGGGCCUCCAAUUUUGUAAAUGGACUGGAUCUUUAUAUUUUCCACUUGUAUCCUGUUUCAGUAAUAAUGAGAUCAGACCUUCUUCUUGAGUGUCAGAUAAUCUACCAUUUACAUAGGAGUGGUUAAAACAUGCUAAUAACGGUCCUCUUAGUAUAUCAAAAAAGGUUUGGUAUACCUCGACUGGUAUGCCAUUCAACCCUGGAGUUUUCCCGGACUUAAAGUCUUUAAUUGCAUCCAGAAGUUCCUCCUCUGUAAUUUCACCUUCACAUGAGUCUUUCUGUGUGGCUGUUAAUUUGACAUUAUCAAUAGAAAAAAAAUCUCUACAAUUAGCUUCAGUUAGAGGAGAUGGAGGCGACUGAAAAGAAAACAUAUGCUUAAAGUAUCUAUUGGCAUUUCUUUGUAUAUAUCCAUAAAAAUUAUGCUGAUUCAUGAUUUCGACUGGCUGAGAAAAGCUGCCAGACUGUCUGUCUCGUCCCGACUCUCGACACCUUCAUUACUAUGGGACAGCUGGAGAUUGAAUUUCAAUAUUUUAACAAUGUUGCAAAUGUCGGAGAGACAGACAGCAAGGUUAAUACAAAUCUCUGCUGUUGAAAAACAAAUGCUAGUCUAAAAUAAAUGGGAGAUAAUGUCUAGAUGCUUUUUACAGUGGAGAUCCAGUUUAUAAAUUGCAUGGCUGGGCUGAAGAGACAGUGGAUUGCGCAGUCAGAUGGAAUAGUGAAUAGGCAUUUCAACAUUAUAGACUUAGCCAGUGGUAACUUGUGGAAUAGACACCGUCUGUAACGUGGUUUUAACCAAUCAGUAUCUAGGAUAAGACCCACCCGUUGUAUAACCUCUAAUAUUCUCUUGCACGUGCUCACACACACAUCAAAUAUAUACUAUAAAUGUUCAAACACACAUACCUACACAUUCAUAACACUGACACAUUCACAGGGGUUAGGAAUGGCUGGAAUGGUCCUUAACACUUCCUGUUUUGUCUCCUCCAGGAUUGGCUGAGUAAGUUUGGGUAUCUCCCACCCCCUGACCCAGUGACUGGACAGCUGCAGACCAAGGAGGCCCUGACCAAAGCCAUCAAAGCCAUGCAGAAGUUUGGAGGACUGGAGGAGACCGGAGUGCUAGGUGUGUGUGUGUGUGUGUGUGUGUGUGUGGCACAUAUGCACACACUGUCUUUGCCUUUUUCUUUGUCUUGUUUUUAUUUUGCUAAAACAAUACAGCUUUAAUGGAUUAAUGGAUGGACAUGCUCACUAGUUUACUACUCUAUAUUAAUGUGUACAUCUGCGUAUCCGUUCCCCUGCUCAGACCAAGCCACCCUGGGCCUAAUGAAGACCCCGAGGUGUUCCCUCCCGGACCUGUCUGAGACCGAGGCGGCGGCGGGCCGCAGGAGACGAGCCCUGAUGCCCCAGAACAAGUGGAGCAAGAGACACCUCUCCUGGAGGUACAGUACACGACAAUAGAAUAAACACACCUGACCACAACAUCAGUCUGUGUGCUAUCAGUGUGAGGCUGACUGGGGAUGGAUAUGUAGAGUGGACUGCGUAUGGUAGAGAGUAUGGUACCAGGGAUGGUAGGGAACACAUAACCUGCUUAGCAUGUACAGUCUAGUCCAUGGCUAAUGAUGCACAUGGUGUUGAGCAGGUGUAUUGGAUAUCAGGGAGGAUCAGAGUUGGAUGUGUGGGAUUACUUUAUGAAAUGGGUGAAACAUUGCACAAACAGUCCCUGCAUGUGGACCGCUGUGCUGGACUACUGAUGGAUCUGUGUGCAGGGUCAUGUGCAGAGUCAUGGUUGAAACCAUUACUAUACUGAACAAAAAUAUAAAUGCAACAUGCAACAAUUUCAACGAUUUUACUGAGUUACAGUUCAUAUAAGGAAAUCUAAACAAAUUCAUUAGGCCCUAAUCUAUGGAUUUCACAUGACUGGGCAGGGGCGCAGCCAUGGGUUGGCCUGGGAGGGCACAGGCCCACCCACUGGGGAGCCAGGCCCAGCAAACCAGAAUACAUUUAUCCCCACAAAAGGGCUUUGUUACAGACAGAAAUACUCCUCAGUUUCAUUAGCUGUCUGGGUGGCUGGUCUCAGACGAUCCCGCAGGUGAAGAAGCCGGAUGUGGAGGUCCUGGGCUGGCGUGGUUACACGUAGUCUGCGGUUGUGAGGCCGGUUGGACGUGCUGCCAGAUUCUCUAAAACGACGUUGGUAGAGAAAUGAACAUUCCAUUUUCUGGCAACAGCUCUGGUGGACAUUCCUGCAGUCAGCAUGCCAAUUGCACGCUCCUUCAAAACAUCUGUGGCAUUGUGUUGUGUGACAAAACUGCACAUUCUAGAGUGGCCUUUUAUUGUCCCCAGCACAAGGUGCACCUGUGUAAUGCUCAUGCAGUUUAAUCAGCUUCUUGAUAUGCCACACCUGUCAGAUGGAUGUAUUAUCUUGGCAAAGGAGAAAUGCUCACUAACAGGUAUGUAAACACAUUUGUGCACAACAUUUUAGAGAAAUAAGCUUUUUGUGCAAAUGGAACAUUUCUGGGAUCUUUUAUUUUAGCUCAUGAAACAUGGGAAAAACACUUUACAUUUUGCAUUUACAUUUUUGUUCAGUAUAGAUUGCCCAUGGUAAUGGACGAUUGUACAGUUAAUUAGCCAAUGAGUUGUUGGUUGAAGGGGUCAAAGGGUCAUGGAAGUGGUCAUAGACAGAGCCAUAUGGGGGGUUCUUUGAAAGUAAAUGGCUAGGCCUACUGUAUGCAUCUGUAACAAUGGGUUGACAGCAUCUCGUAACAUCUGUCAGAGAUGGGGAAGUAGAACAACAUAUGGUCUGCCUUUAUGGUGAUUUAAUCAUGCUCUGAAGCUGAACCAGCAAGAGCAGGAGGUAGCUUGGAUAGUGAGCUACUGUUAGCUGGUUUGUGUCAGUAUGGGUGAGUGAGAGAGUGAGUGAGUUAGGGUUAGGGGUUAGGGAAAAUAGGAUUUUGAAUGGAAAUCAGUAGUUUGGUCCCCACAAGGAUAGUAAAACAAACAUAUGUGUGUGCGUGAGUACGUGUGCAUGAGAGAGUUGAGAGAGAUGGAUUGUAAAGUUGCUGACAGCUACAUAUCCUCUCUCACAUGCACACACACACACACACACCAUAUCUCAGACUGGCCAAUAAAAAUAAAAGAUUAAGAUGUGCAGUCUGAGAUAUGGCUUUUUCUGACGAGUAUCAGAAGAAAGUUAUUUGUUUCUGGCCAUUUUGAGCCUGUAAUCGAACCCACAAUUGCUGAUGCUCCAGAUACUCAACUAGUCUCAAGAAGGCCAGUUUUAUUGCUUCUUUAAUCAGCACAACAGUUUUCAGCUGUGCUAACAUAAAAUGAUCAACUUGGAUUAGCAAACACAACGUGCCAUUGGAACACAGGACUGAUGGUUGCUGAUAAUGGGCCUCUGUACGCCUAUGUAGAUAUUCCAUAAAAAAUCAGCAGUUUCCAGCUACAAUAGCCAUUUACAACAUUAACAAUGUCUACUCUGUAUUUCUGAUCAAUUUUAUGUUAUUUUAAUGGACAAAAAAAUGGUGUUUCUUUCGAAGACAACACAUUUUCUAAGUGACCCCAAACUUUUGAACGGUAGUGUAUCGCUUUCCUUUUUUCCCUCUAAGUCUCUCCCUCUUUCGCCUGCAUUCUAGUGCCAAUCAUAUGCCUUGCUCCUGUCUGCUUGCUCCUGCUCUCCUCUCACCUCUAAUGUCUGCUAGCAGCCUGACUGUCUGUUGAGACCAGGAAGAAUGUGUUUGUAUUCACACUAGUACUGAUUUGUACAGAGUCCUGAAAACACUGUGCUCACUGGAUGGAGAGCUGGUUUACUCUCACAGAUUUAUUGGUUUGGGCUGUAGAGCUCAGAGACCAAGCAGAUCUUGUAUAUGCUUCUUUACCUGAGGGUUUGCUUUGAAAAUUAGCACCCAUUGAUUAUCUGUUGACUUAAACCCAGUCUUGCCUCACUGCACCGUGCAAAUGAAAGCAUCCCAGAAAAAAAGCUUGAAUCCAUGUUCCUCCAGUCAUCUAAAGAGUCAACAGGAGUUAUUUAAACAGGUGAAGUUCUCUCUGUCAGUUCUAAUGACCUCUCUCAGUCACAGACUGGCCUCGGGGUCUACCAGCCCCAGUGAGAGUAAGGUCAGGGGUCAAAUGCUGUAAUAACGUUCCUUAAUGGUUUGUUUGAGAGCGCUGGAGAUAAGGGGCUGGUGUAGAGCAGAGGGUCAUGGGGCAGGGGCUUGGCUGGGAGCUGUGUGGAGAGGGAUACACACACACACAAACACUCAGGGAAGUACAGUAGAGUCCACACUUCAAUAGAGUUCCACAUAUAGAUAUAUAGGGAGCUAUUUUCUGCUGGCGUUAAGGCGGCAUGUCAAACACAUUUUCCAGCCCUAACGCCAGGUUCGGCAAUUUACCUGUCUUAUAUCAGCACGCUUGCGCUCAGAGGGGUGGAAAUAUUUUAGGCUUGUCCAUAAAAACAUGAUCCAAAGUUCUAAUUUCAGGCAGUGCUGGUAGGGAUAUUUAAGACCAAUCAAAAGCUGUUUUUAGCAGUAACACAGUUGGUUAUGGCAUGAAUUUUGACAGCGGAAACGCACCCAGCUAGCAAUGAGGAAUCGGCCCAGAAGCGGCCGUCUUCCGGAGGGCCAGAACUGAUUGAAUUGGCCCGGAAUCGGCUGUCGGACUCGGCCCGGGAUCAAAAUGAAUGACUGCCCAGAAUCGGCCCAAGUACAUCGGGCCGUUUCCGUCUACCGGAAUUCAGCCGACUUUGCCGGCAUCUUACCAGAAUCCCCCCAGAAGAGGGCCGAUGCAAAUUUAAAUAAAUGUAUACAAAAUUACCCAAUUUAGUAAUUUUAAAUAUUACUAUUAUACAUUCAAAUUAUACCCAUCCACCAAGUUUUAUUUUUUACCCCCUUUUCGUCAUAUCCAAUUGGUAGUUACUGUCUUGUCCCAUCGCUGCAACUCCCGUACGGCCUCGGGAGAGGCGAAGGUCAAGAGCCGUGCGUCCUCCGAAACACAACCCCACCAAGCCGCGCUGCUUAACCCGGAAGCCAGCCGCACCAACGUGUCGGAGGAAACACUGUAUACCUGGUGACCAUGUCAGCAUGCAUGCACCCGGCCCGCCACAGGAGUCGCUACAGCGCGAUUGGACAAGGACAUCCCAGCCGGCCAAACCCACCCCUAACCGUGGGUUUGCCGGCCGCUGGGCCAAUUGUGCGUCGCCUCAUGGAUAUCCCGGUCGCGGCUGGCUGCGACACAGACGGGUAUCAAACCAGCAUCUAUAGCAACGCAGCUUGCACUGUGAUGCAGUGUCUUAGACCGCUGUGCCACUCAGGAGGCCCCAGCCACAAAGUUUUUAAUGCUGAUCAAUUGCUUUGCACAAAGUAUAAAAAUACCAACAUACUACUUAAACAGGAAAGUUAAUUUUUUGAUCACAGAAACAAUGAGAAAAUAUGGAAAAAUAAAUAAAUAAUGAAAUGUUAAUUAUAUAUAUCAGCCCGUGUAAUCAUCUGCCAGAGAGUAGCCACAAUCGGCCUGAGACCCAAAUAAUACAUUUGGGCCAGAUAACUUACACCGGAAUCGGCCCGAGCUCAAUCCCCGCAUCCUACCCAUAAGUAACACUGCCGAAGGCGGCCCAGACUCGGGCCACAUGACGUCGACUGAGUCUGACUCUCAGCGGAGUGCCCCGACUCUCAGCCGGAAUCGGCCCAGAUCCACUGUGCUAGCUGGGCAGCCUAUCCAGCCGUGACGCACACUGCCCAUAUGUGCGUGGAACAAGAGUAGCCUAAUGUGCUUUUGGUGCCUGUAUACUUCGUAUUUAGAAACAUUAAAAAACUAAUGUUUUUUCCCAUUACGCUUUAUUUGGUUAAAAAACAAGCAUAGACUCCCCUCCUCUUUUUUUUGUCCUGCCCAAUGCAAUCACAAAGUAGUCAAGACUGUCGAUAAAGGGUUUGGCUCCUGAGAUCGCUUGGAAAUAAAUCUUAAUCACCAAAGCUUUAUUGAAAUAUAAAGUUUGAGAGGAGUAAAACAGUGAGCUGACAUUCCCUUUUUAUCUAUGCAUUGUAGGCAGGCCCACAUUAUUUUAGCCAUGCAGGUUCCAUGCGUUAAACCCCCUCCAUGAUGUAGGCUACAUGUCAUGCCCAUCGUAUUUACAAGUUAUCUGUAACCUGUAAUAAUUGCUUGUUUUCUGUUUAAUAUAUUCCAAACCCCUCCCUUAGGCACACUAUAACAAAGGCUGGUUCAAAAGCAAUGUGUUUUUUUAUCCUGGCGACUUUAUGAUAUCAUUACAUUUAACAUGUAUUUAUUGUUGUAAAAAAAAACAGAUUGCUUGUUUUUCGUUACAUUUUAUUACGACCAAUCUUAUUAGAAUGAUUCACCUUCCUGGUUUUAUGGUUACAACAUCCGUGGCGCGCAUGCAAUGCAACUUCUGGAGUGUGAAUGCGAUGUGAUCUGUAAAAUGGUUCCGAUUAGCUUAAUAAAACAUAGGUCUAUUUGGGAGCAGUAUAACAGUGAGUGGACAUUCUCCCUUUCUCUUUAUAUUGGAUCUUUGUCCAGCUACUGUGAAACGUUUGGAUGUGUGUAAAACCCUCCAUAGUCUGCGUUGUUUUAAUAUUAUAUGCCCACGGGGAGAAGUUAUGGUGCCUGUAAGUGUGACGUAGCAUAUUUAAAGCAAGAUGUUGUUUCGUUUUGUUUAGGCCUUAUCAAUAAGGAAUGUCAUCUUGCUUAUUGACAAUGUUUGGCAUGUCCAUGCUCAGCCAUAAUGUAAUUUACAGUAGGCCUAGCCCCUAUAUCAGUGUGAAUGCUAUUGAAGCCAUGCAAUUACUUAGAACAAUGUGGACUGCAAAUGGGUUCAAGUUAACAUAUUUAGCAAAGAUAGGUCUAUAUUUAGUUAUUUCGUUUCUGUAAGCCAUUUAACAAACUAUAACGGACUAACAUUGGAAUUGGAGUUGAUUCCAAGGCAAUACAUAAAAUACCGUAAAUACACAACUAGAAGCAACCACAUAUUUUGCCACGGAGCACGUUCUAAUUGGCCAGUGAGGGGCCAAGCCUCGACACACCCACAACUUGUUUAUUCAUCAAACGCCAGCAAGUGCGCCGAUAAUUGUAAUAGUGAAAAUAGCUAAAAUAUUUAUGACACCCCAGAACCUAUAGCGCUACCGCCUGCACUUAGAUUUACCAUUGCUUUAGGUUUAUUAAAAUAGAGCCCCUAGCACAGGAGGCUGCUGAGGGGAGAAUGGCUCAUAAUAAUGGCAAGAAUGGUGCAAAUGGAAUGGCAUCAAACACCUGGAAACCAUAUGUUUGAUAUAUUUGUUACCAUUCCACUAUUCGCUCCAGUCAUUACCACGAGCCCGUUCUCCCCAGUAAAGGUGCCACGACUUCCUGUGGCCCAUAGUAUUGUUAGUGGGCUAGCACUCCUAGCCUGUCAGCGAAGGUUAUUCUCUAAUGGGCUGGAUUACCAUAUCGACUCAGUGAAGGAAGGGGUAUUUGAACCGGAGAUAGUAACAUAAUCAAUAGCAGAGGCAGAACUCACAGCUAGUCCAAAACAGGCUCUAUUUUAGGAACACACAAACAAUACUGUAUCUUAAAACCCAAACUAGGGAUUGACCUUGUGUUGUUUUGUUGUCCUUGUAUCAUGUAUUAUUAGAAGUAUGAGACUAGUUGAAUUUGGUUUGAUGUCAAAAGAUAGACUAGUCACCUGUGAGACAACACUUAAAGGAAUACCUCGGGAUUUUGGCAUUGAGGCCCCUUUAUCUGCUAGCAUGCUAGCAGAUACCCAUAUACUUCCAGUCAUUGUGCUAACGCUAGUUAGAAUUGGCUCACAAAACUACUUCUAACUUCCUUCAUACUGGACACAUGGUAUCCAUAAGUUCAUCUGACUCUGGGGAAGUAGAUAAAGGGCCUCAUUUUCAAAAUCCCAAAGUAUCCCUUUAACAGUGUGAAGUAUGCAACAAUGAUCAUGGUAAACCAGUAAUAAUGCCUUGAUGCCAUGAGACUCACUAUAUAUCGGGGACUGGAGUAAUGUAUACGACACCAUGAUAGGCUGAUUUCAGACCUGAAUAGUGUGAGGAUGAACAUUGAUUGGCUGGUGAGAGCAGAGGUUGGUGGACCCAGCUGUUGCGACAUGAAUCCAGAACAGCCCCAACAUUAAAGCCGAUUUAUGGUCAAUCCACCAUCUGCAGUGGCUGUCCAAAUCAAAUCAAAUGAGGGGCAAUGCAAAUAGUCCGGGUAGCCAUGAUUAGCUGUUCAGUAGUCUUAUGGCUUGGUGGUAGAAGCUGUUAAGAAGCCUUUUGGACCUAGACUUGGUGCUCCGGUACCGCUUGCCGUGCGGUAGCAGAGAGAACAUUCUAUGACUAGGGUGGCUGGAGUCUUUGACAAUUUUUAGGGCCUUCCUCUGACACCGCCUGGUAUAGAGGUCCUGGAUGGCAGGAAGCUUGGCCCCAGUGAUGUUCAGGGCCGUACGCACUACCCUCUGUAGUGCCUUGUGGUCGGAGGCCGAACAGUUGCCAUACCAGGCGGCGAUGCAACCAGUCAGGAUGCUCUCGAUGGUGCAGCUGUAGAACUCUUUGAGGAUCUGAGGACCCAUGCUAAAUCUUUUCUGUCUCCAGAGGGGGAAUAGGCUUUGUCGUGCCCUCUUCACGACUGUCUUGGUGUGUUUGGAUCAUGAUCGUUUGUUGGUGAUGUGGACACCAAGAAACUUGAAGCUCUAAACCUGUUCCACUACAGCCCCGUCGAUGAGAAUGGGGGCGUGCUCAGUCCUCUUUUUUUUCCUGUAGUCCACAAUCAUCUCCUUUGUCUUGAUCAUGUUGAAGGAGAGGUUGUUGUCCUGGCACCACACGGCCAGGUCUCUGACCUCCUCCCUAUAGGCUGUCUCAUCGUUGUCGGUGAUCAGGCCUACCACUGUUGUGUCGUCUGCAAACUUAAUGAUGGUGUUGGAGUCGUGCCUGGCCAUACAGUCAUGGGUGAACAGGGAGUACAGGAGGGGACUGAGCAUGCACCCCUGAGGGGCCCCCGUGUUGAGGAUCAGCGUGGCAGAUGUGUUGUUACCUACCCUUACCACCUGGGGCGGCCUGUCAGGAAGUCCAGGAUCCAGUUGCAGAGGGAGGUGUUUAGUUCCAAGGUCCUUAGCUUAGUGAUGAGCUUUGAGGGCACUAUGGUGUUGAACGCUGAGCUGUAGUCAAUGAAUAGCAUUCUCACGUAGGUGUUCCUCUUGUCCGCGUGGGAAAGGGCAGUGUGCAGUGCAAUAGAGAUUGCGUCAUCUGUGGAUCUGUUGGGGCAGUAUGCAAAUUGGAGUUGGUCUAGGGUUUCUGGGAUAAUGGUGUUGAUGUGAGCCAUGACCAUCCUUUCAAAGCACUUCAUGGCUACAGACGUGAGUGCUACGGGUCGGUAGUCAUUUAGGCAGGUUAUGUUAGUGUUCUUGGGCACAGGGACUAUGGUGGACUGCUUGAAACAUGUUGGUAUUACAGACUCAGUCAGGGACAUGUUGAAAAUGUCAGUGAAGACACUUGCCAGUUGGUCAGCGCAUGCUCGGAGUACACAUCCUGGUAAUCCGUCUGGCCCUGCGGCAUUGUGAAUGUUGACCUGCUUUAAAGUCUUACUCACAUCGGCUACGGAUAGCGUGAUCACAUAGUCAUCUGGAACAGCUGAUGCUCUCAUGCAUGCUUCAGUGUUGCUUGCCUCGAAGCGAGCAUAGAAGUGAUUUAGCUCGUCUGGUAGGCUUGUGUCACUGGGAAGCUCGCGGCUGUGCUUCCCUUUGUAAUAGUUUUCAAGCCCUGCCACAUCCGACGAGCGUCGGAGCCAGUGUAGUACAAUUCAAUCUUAGCCCUGUAUUGACUCUUUGCCUGUUUGAUGGUUCGUCGGAGGGCAUAGCGGAAUUUCUUAUAAGCAUCCGGGUUAGAGUCCCGCUCCUUGAAAGCGCAGCUCUAACCUUUAGCUCAGUGCAGAUGUUGCCUGUAAUCCAUGACUUCUGGUUGGGGUAUGUACGUACAGUCACUGUGGGGACGAUGUCAUCGAUGCACUUAUUGAUGAAGCCAGUGACUGAUGUGGUGUACUCCUCAAUGCUAUCGGAAGAAUCCCGGAACAUAUUCCAGUCUGUGCUAGCAAAACAGUCCUGUAGCUUAGCAUCUGCGUCAUCUGACCACUUCCUUAUUUACCGAGUCACUGGUGCUUCCUGCUUUAGUUUUUGCUCAUAAGCAGGAAUCAGGAGGAUAGAGUUAUGGUCAGAUUUGCCAAAUGGAGGGCGAGGGAGAGCUUUGUACGUGUCUCUGUGUGUGGAGUAAAGGUGGUCUAGAGUUUUUUUUUUUUCUCUGGUUGCACAUUUAACAUGCUGGUAGAAAUUAGGUAGAACGGAUUGAAGUUUCCCUGCAUUAAAGUCCCCGGCCACUAGGAGCGCUGCCUCUGGAUGAGCGUUUUCCUGUUUACUUAUGGCCUUAUACAGCUAAUUGAGGGCAAUCUUAGUGCCAGCAUCGGUUUGUGGUGGUAAAUAGACAGCUACGAAAAAUAUAUAGAUGAAAACUCUCUUGGUAAAUAGUGUGGUCUACAGCAUAUCAUGAGAUACUCUCCCUCAGGCGAGCUAAAUCUCGAUACUUCCUUAGUAUUAGAUUUUAUGCACCAGCUGUUGUUUACAAAUAUACACAGACCACCAGCCCUUGUCUUACCGGAGUCAGCCGUUCUAUCCUGCCGAUGUAGCGUAUAUCCCGCCAGCUGUAUUUUAUCCAUGUCGUCGUUCAGCCACGACUCGGUGAAACAUAAGAUAUUACAGUUUUUAAUGUCCCGUUGGUAGGAUAACCGUAAUCUUAGGUCGUCCAAUUUAUUUUCAAAUGAUUGAACAUUGGCUAAUAAGAUUGAUGGAAGAGGCAGUUUACUCGCUCGAUGUCGGAUCCUUACAAGGCAUCCCGACCUACGUCCACGAUAUAUCCGUCUCUUUCUCAUGCGAAUGAUGGGGAUUUGGGCCUUGUCGGGUGUCUGUAGAAUAUCCUUCACGUCCGACUCGUUGAAGAAAAAAUCUUCAUCCAAUACGAGGUGAGUAAUCGCUGUCCUGAUAUCCAGAAGCUCUUUUUGGUCAUAAGAGACGGUGGUAGAAACAUUAUGUACAGAAUAAAUUACAAAUAACGCGAAAAAACACAUAAUAGUACAAUUGGUUAGAUGGCUGUACUACGAUGCGGCCUCCGCAGAAGUCAGAGCAUUAAUACUUCUUGCGCUUCGGGGAGCAGAGGAGUGCGGAGUGAUUCAUACACAUCCAAUAAAUUGGUCUGCACCACUUAAAACGCACCACUCGUAGUGAUUCAGGGCUAAUUUCUAUAGCCAGCCAGCAAAUUACGAGCAACUGGCUAAACAAAAAGACAAGACCUAACCUCUUCUGAGAUGUUCUGAGAUUUCCGGUGCUUGACAUAGGAGCUCCCUCACAGUCUGCGUUCCGUUGACAUCUUUACUGCAUCUAUCCCCAUUACCUCCCCGAUCUCUUUCCAGGAGUUCAAACUCAUUUUCAUGUCUUUCAAAUUCCUACACGAGGUAUCAUAAAGAUGUUUCUAUUUGCGAACACCUUUCGUGAAAGUUCUCUAUGUUUGUUGUGAAAGAAGUUGUCAAGGAAGUGAGUGUGUUUAUACAGGAUGUACCGCCCCCACCUACCGUCAACAAAAUUUGGGAGGUGCACGGCAUCGCCAUACAGAGCUCAAUUUGGCCUCUGCGAGGCUCAGGAGGCUCUGCAAUUGCGUCACACCCUCUGUACGGAGCCUCCGCACUGCGUUGCUGAAUCAAGCAUAAAUCACAUUAUAGUCAGACAGAAGACACAGCCUCCUAAUGACACACACAAACACACACCUACACACAAACCCACACAAGCACACACAACCCUUCACACACUCACAAACACACAGUCCAGUUCAUCACAGACUUUUAGCCCAUUAUCCCCCAGCAGACAGCCUCCUGCUCGUUAGCGGAUGGAUUAAUCACCUAAACAGAUAGGUGGGGAAAGCAGAGGAGCAGAGCAGCAGAGCAGCCUCCCUCCCUCUCUCUCUCGCUCUCUGUCUGUCUACUGCUCUAAUUCACGUCCCUGUCUGUCUAUCUGUCUGCCUGUCUGUCUACUGCUCUAAUUCACUUCCCUGUCUGUCAGUUCUGUCUGUCUGUCUGUCGGUCUAGAGCUCUAAUUCAUUUCCCUGUACUGUCUGUCUAGUCCAGCUGGCUGGCUGGGGUUAACAUGCUGCAGUGGAGGAAGGAGACAGUCAUGAUAAGCAUCAGUCACUCUGUCACCAUGACCUUACUGUACCCUCUGGUUCCUAUCUGGAUUUGAGUGACUUAAUGAAUACAAUGGAUCAGAGAAAGAGCAUGGAUAAAUUAGAUACAGUAUAGGUUGUCACAUUCCCAGCAUAACAACCUAUACACAAGUGUUAAGGAAAUAUAUGUUUUAGGGAUACAGUAGGGGAGGAGAGAGUCGUGUGUAUGUGAACCAAAGGACAGACCAAAGGAACCUAAGGAAGCCCCAUCACAUCGGCAUUGUACCAUAGCUGGGUGAUCCAAUGAUGAGGGUGUUACCAUAAAGUGAUAGUAAUAACAAAGGGACACCACAUCAAUUCCACCCUUCUCCCUAUGCUGUCAUCAUUAGAACCGUGCUUGACAGCUGAGACAGCCACUUUGACGGGGAAAUGGAGGAAGAGCGGCCUCACUCCUGACAAAGGAUGGAUGGCGGGAUGGGAUUAUUAUCCUACUGAAGGAUACUGUCUUUAAACCUCACAAGUUCACUACAUUUUAACUUUGCAAUGAGCUUAUUUAACACUCAGUUAUUACUCAGCCCAGUGUGUCAAAGUUAAAGAAUAAAGUUACUGUUAAGUGUCAGCGAAAAUUCCUAUUAUUCUCUCCCGGUCCUAGACAGUUUAGCAGGACAGAGGUGUAAGGAGCAGUGGCAGUCCCUUUCAGAGGAACAAAGAGAAGAAGACCUGUCUCGGUCAGGGCUGACGGAGACUCACGCAGGACUCUCUUAAUUUAGGAAGCUCUCUCUGGUAGCAAGGGUCUCCAACCUUUUCUAGCAUGAGAGCUACUUUUAAAAAAUUAAACAUGUCGCUAGCUACAAAUUUUUUUCUAUCCUUCAAAUAGGCACAUUCUUCUCUCCCCUGCAACUCUUCCCCGGGUCCUUAGUGUACAAGAGCACUAUGUUUUCUGUCAAUAUACUGGUAAAAUAAUGGUUAAAAAUCUGUGAAUUUUCUUUCUCUGUUUUCUCUGUUUUAUUUCUCCUGGUUUUAGAUUUUUUUUGGCUUUUCACUCUCAAAAUUACAAUUGUUCAUAGAGACACAACGGGAUUGGAUGUUCUGUGUCCAUGUCAAUGCUUAAAUCAAAUCAGAAGAAAAAAAAUCCCAUUGGUUCCGUCAUGAACAACCCCCCCCCUCGAGCAUCCCAUUGGUUCCUGCAUGAAUGCCCCUCCUUGAGCACCCCAUUGGUUCCUACAUGAACGCCCCCCAACCCUCGGGUACGACAUCUUCAUACUUGUGACACUUUUGAAUGUGGGUCGAAAGGGGAUUUAUUUUUUAUUUUUUAUUUUUCGCCCCGUCUCCUGGAGUCCUCCUUGCUAGCUAGUUGGAGCGAAACCGAUAGACAGUGUCCUUCGCUCCCGCCUGCCGAACACCUGCCCUCAUCAACAUAUUUCUGUCAACCCACAAGACGGUGAUCACAUCAACUGGCUACACAUGGAGUGAGAGAACGCGCGCAAGACACAGACAGACAGGACGAUAUUGCUGGAAAUUAAUUGGCAGAUAUUGUGUUAGGUUUGGCUUUUUAAAGCUGCAAUAUAUUUUUUUUGUGCGACCCUACCAAAUUCACAUAGAAAUGUGAGUUACAGUAUAUAUCUGUCAUUCUCAUUAAACGCAAGUCUAAGAAGCAGUAGAUCUGUUCUAUGUGUGCUACUUCUAUGCUUCCCAUUCUUAAGUUUCGUUUUUGCGUUUUUUACUUUACUUGAACACCAGCUUCAAACAGCUGAAAAUACAAUAUUUUUGGAUAUGUAAAAUAUAUUUCACAGCGGUUUAGAUGGUACAAUGAUUCCCUACACUAUACUUGCUUGUUUUGUCACAUAAACUGAAAUUAGGCUAACUAUUUGAAAUUUAGCAACCAGGAAAUGGCAAAGCGAUUUCUGCAUAGUGCAUUUUUAAAGCCAAUAGUGGCUAACCAGGGGUGGGAUAAUGUCAAUGUUGCGUUGAUUAGAUAGUAGCUGGGAGCUUGUGGUGUUGAUACUUGUGAGUUUGCAGUGGAAGUGUAACGCGUAAAGAUUGCAUGUACAGUGGGGGAAAAAAAGUAUUUGGCAGCCACCAAUUGUGCAAGUUCUCCCACUUAAAAAGAUGAGAGAGGCCUGUAAUUUUCAUCAUAGGUACACGUCAACUAUGACAGACAAAUUGAGAAUUUUUUUCAUUUUUUCAAAACAUUUUCCAGAAAAUGACAUUGUAGGAUUUUUUAUGAAUUUAUUUGCAAAUUAUGGUGGAAAAUAAGUAUUUGGUCAAUAACAAAAGUUUCUCAAUACUUUGUUAUAUACCCUUUGUUGGCAAUGACACAGAUCAAACGUUUUCUGUAAGUCUUCACAAGGUUUUCACACACUGUUGCUGGUAUUUUGGCCCAUUCCUCCAUGCAGAUCUCCUCUAGAGCAGUGAUGUUUUGGGGCUGUCACUGGGCAACACGGACUUUCAACUCCCUCCAAAGAUUUUCUAUGGGGUUGAGAUCUGGAGACUGGCUAGGCCACUCCAGGACCUUGAAAUGCUUCUUACGAAGCCACUCCUUCUUUGCCCGGGCGGUGUGUUUGGGAUCAUUGUCAUGCUGAAAGACCCAGCCACGUUUCAUCUUCAAUGCCCUUGCUGAUGGAAGGAGGUUUUCACUCAAAAUCUCACGAUACAUGGCCCCAUUCAUUCUUUCCUUUACACGGAUCAGUCGUCCUGGUCCCUUUGCAGAAAAACAGCCCCAAAGCAUGAUGUUUCCACCCCCAUGCUUCACAGUAGGUAUGGUGUUCUUUGGAUGCAACUCAGCAUUCUUUGUCCUCCAAACACGACGAGUUGAGUUUUUACCAAAAAGUUCUAUUUUGGUUUCAUCUGACCAUAUGACAUUCUCCCAAUCCUCUUCUGGAUCAUCCAAAUGCACUCUAGCAAACUUCAGACGGGCCUGGACAUGUACUGGCUUAAGCAGGGGGACACAUCUGGCACUGCAGGAUUUGAGUCCCUGGCAGCGUAGUAUGUUACUGAUGGUAGGCUUUGUUACUUUGGUCCCAGCUCUCUGCAGGUCAUUCACUAGGUCCCCCCAUGUGGUUUUUGCUCACCGUUCUUGUGAUCAUUUUGACCCCACAGGGUGAGAUCUUGCGUGGAGCCCCAGAUCGAGGGAGAUUAUCAGUGGUCUUGUAUGUCUUCCAUUUCCUAAUAAUUGCUCCCACAGUUGAUUUCUUCAAACCAAGCUGCUUACCUAUUGCAGAUUCAGUCUUCCCAGCCUGGUGCAGGUCUACAAUUUUGUCCUUUGACAGCUCUUUGGUCUUGGCCAUAGUGGAGUUUGGAGUGUGACUGUUUGAGGUUGUGGACAGGUGCCUUUUAUACUGAUAACAAGUUCAAACAGGUGCCAUUAAUACAGGUAAUGAGUGGAGGACAGAGGAGCCUCUUAAAGAAGAAGUUACAGGUCUGUGAGAGCCAGAAAUCUUGCUUGUUUGCAGGUGACCAAAUACUUAUUUUCCACCAUAAUUUGCAAAUAAAUUCAUAACAAAUCCUACAAUGUGAUUUUCUGGAGAAAAAAAUUCUCAAUUUGUCUGUCAUAGUUGACGUGUACCUAUGAUGAAAAUUACAGGCCUCUCUCAUCUUUUUAAGUGGGAGAACUUGCACAAUUGGUGGCUGACUAAAUACUUUUUUUCCCCACUGUACUUUCACAAUUUUACAUGGUUGUGUGUGUGUGUGUGUGUGUGUGUGUGUGUGUGUGUGUGUGUGUGUGUGUGUGUGUGUGUGUGUGUGUGUGUGUGUGCUUGUGUGUGUGCUUGUGUGGCUGUGUGUGUAGCACAUGGGGAUGUGGGGACCACUUGCACCACUGAUUAGCCGAUCAGCUAGCUUUUCGUGUGGCGCAACUGGUAAGAGUGGCAAGAGGCUUCGGGAUGGCGGUCACGCGCUAGCAAAGCAGAGGUCCUGGGUUCGAGCCUCUGUGUGAGCCGAAUCAGGAGGAAACGGUAUUCGCUAAGCAAGAAGCGUGACAUCCUUUAAACGCGCCUGUCUGCGUGUGUGCAUGUGUGUGUCAGUAGAGAGAAUCUGUGUGUGUGCAUAUAUGUGUUUCCAUGAAGAGAGAAAGCCAGCUUCUUUCAUAUCGGGGCCAGGGAGCUACGGAGGUUAAUCCUGCUGAGAGAUUUAAGUGAGAAAGAGAAAAAUAUCUGAGUCAUCAGACUAUGGGAGAGGCAGUGCAGGAGCUGUGACUGGACUUGCAAAUGAAAAGUCAACAAUUGAGUUUGGGGAAGAUAGCAGCCAGGGCUCAUUGUAUAUCCAUCUCAGGUCAGAGUCACAGACUGCUCAUCCCCAUACUGCCCUGCCUAUGGUCAGCCCUGAAAAAGACUGCACUUAGUCAUCCAUCAAAUGAAGGUGUUCAUCGCUCAGAAAUCCUGCAAUGGACAAGUUGAGUGGGAUGGGAAAUAUCAUUGGCAAUAAGCUGCCCUUAUCAGGCCCUGUGUAGCAUCCUGAUGAACUGGGCGACCCUGAAAGCAUUUUGAUGUUGCUUCCUAUCUAGGACUGAGUGUGCAGUAGCAUUUUGAUUUUGUUCCGGAGUAUAAUAUGUGUGUAUUGUAUGUGUUAUACCCCUGAAAGGGGGAAAUAUAUAUAUAAAUCACACAGAGAUGUAGCUUUGGCUUCAAGUCACUUGUAAUGAGUGUUUUUCAUAUAAAAUCAUCAACCAUUUUCAUAGGUACAAAAUAUGUUUCACAAAUGCACAAAAUAUAUUCUCUAAAAUGACAUACAGUGAGGGAAAAAAGUAUUUGAUCCCCUACUGAUUUUGUACGUUUGCCCACUGACAAAGACAUGAUCAGUCUAUAAUUUGAAUGGUAAGUUUAUUUAUUCCAGCAUGACAAUGACCCAAAACACACGGCCAAGGCAACAAAGGAGUGGCUCAAGAAGAAGCACAUUAAGGUCCUGGAGUGGCCUAGCCAGUCUCCAGACCUUUAUCCCAUAGAAAAUAUGUGGAGGGAGCUGAAGGUUCGAGUUGCCAAACGUCAGGCUCGAAACCUUAAUGACUUGGAGAAGAUCUGCAAAGAGGAGCGGGACAAAAUCCCUCCUGAGAUGUGUGCAAACCUGGUGGCCAACUACAAGAAACGUCUGACCUCUGUGAUUGCCAACAAGGGUUUUGCCACCAAGUACUAAGUCAUGUUUUUGCAGAGGGGUCAAAUAUUUAUUUCUCUCAUUAAAAUGCAAAUCAAUUCAUAACAUUUUUGACAUGCAUUUUUCUGGAUUUCUUUGUUGUUAUUCUGUUUUUUCCCUCACUGUAGCUGUUACAAUUGUUCAAGAAACCAGUAGUCUCAUUUAUACAUUACAAUGAUUCCUUUAUUAUCCCUCUUUAAAUUGACACUAUGAAAUGCAAUGACAAACCUUUUAACCUUUUUAAAUGCAUCACGUAUCCCACUAUUUAUUAUCACCAUUAAUUAUCCUUGUAUAUACUGUUCCUAUAUUUAUUUGUCAUCCUAAUAACAAAAACAUGUAUAACCUUGUAUUAAUUUGUAUUUAGUGCUUUAGAUUACAACAACAGAACGUUUUCGAUUGUUCCCAUUCACCCACACACACAGGAGCUGUGCGCGGUCUCUCUCGGGCAUGCUCUGAUCACGAAUUCACCUUGUGCAAGUGAGCAGCCUUUUAGCAAGCAAGCUAGAAAAACGGUUAAUUUCGAGGUGGUCUAAACAUAAAAAUAACACAUGUAAUGUUUUAAACAUCUUUGCUACUGACUAAAUAACACACAGUAACAUCUGUAACAUUCUGACAUGAAAAAACACAUUCGAAAUCGCAUUCAUAGAUGUAGCUUCGGCUUCAAGUUACUUGUAUUGAGUGAGCUGGGAAGUCCUGUGCGCCCCUAUAGGAAUUAAACUCAGAUCAGACAUCAAUAGAGCAUUUACAUUUACAUUUUACAUUUUAGUCAUUUAGCAGACGCUCUUAUCCAGAGCGACUUACAGUUAGUGAGUGCAUACAUUUAAAAAAAAAUCCAUACUGGAGCACACAGAUCAGUAGAGCACACAGAUCGUAUAAUCAGCAUUUAGAUAAAUGAACCGCAUAUUACUUACUGGUACACAUUAUGAUUCUGUAUUAUUAUUUUGUUAUUAUUAAUGUACUUUUAAUUCUAUCACAUAUGCGUACGGGUGUGGUGCGUGAGCAGGUCUGGUACCCUCUUCCUAAAUUCAACUAAACUCCCUCAGUCAAAUUACAGCUCAGGUUCAAAGAUCCCUUUGUGUGUCACAACCUUGUGUCUCCAUACACACACACACACACACACAUACAGAUAGCCUCCAGUUGCCUUGCCCUCUCGGCACCUUCAAUGAUGUGAUACCAUAAUGGGUACAUACUCAUGGCUGGCGAAAGUGUCAGCGUGUCAGGCUCAGGGCCUGAAAGGUUACCUCACUCAAAUCAAAUCAAAGUUUAUGGGUUGCGUACACAGUUUAGCAGACUUUAUAGCAGGUGCAGCAAAAUGCUUGUGUUACUAGCUCCUAACAGUGCCGAAAAAAAUGUCUAACUAAAUAAUAAUAGAGCAAUAGAAAACAAAUAAUAAUCAAGACUAGAAGCAAGAAAUCACGAAUGUCAGGACGAAUCCAGUUAACAACCCAAGUAACACUGUAUCAGUAAUCCAAAUGCAAUUUAUGCAUAUAUACAUCAAAAAUAUAUACUUAGAAUGAUAUGUACCACAGAAGAUAUAUUACAGUGAGCUAUGUUAACAAUCCAGUAUAUAAAUACAGGCGGUGUGUAUAACAAAACAAAAUUAAAUGUACAGUAGUAGCAGUGGCAACCCGUCAUUUAAGGCAGGUGCCACAUUUUUUGCUUUCUUGAGUAAGGCAGCUCCAAAAUGCAGGCGUUUCAGCCUAGCUCAGUGCUUUCUGUGGUGGUGGUGGUGGGGCAGCCAGCGGAAAAUACGGAGCGUAGGUGUUGGUAAUGUUCUAGUUGCGCCGUGAUUGGCUGUGUUCUGUCACUCAUGGGGACACUUCAUCACCGGCAAGUCUAAGGGUAGAGCUCGAAAAUUCAAGCCCCUUGGGUGCUGCCAUAGAGUUACAUUAGAAGUGCCCAUCCAAGAAGGCUCAAGGUCAUUGGCCACAGAUAAAAUGAAAACAAAUCACGUUAUAUCUACAGUAGCUUUGAUUGGACUGAUCAUGUCAACAUCAUACUUUCAAAAUCUUAGCUAGCAGUCAUCAUCAUGAAUCAAGUCCACAAUCUACUGGCAAAUCCUUUUUAAUCCUUGUCAUAUGAAGAGAAAUAAUGAAGAGAAAUUAUAGAUAAAACGUAUCGGUGCUCAUCGGCCAUUGGACAUAAACAACUGUUAACUCGGAACUGCGAAAUCUGACUUCAGUGAGUUCAAGACAAUUGGGAACUCGGGAAAAACUAGCUGUGACACUCUGGCUCCGGGACGUUUGUAUUUGAGCCAGGGUGUAUUUUGUGUUGUUGGGUUUUGGUUUGGUUAUGUUGGGCAUUUGGGUGUAUUUCUAUGUUGGUAGUUCUGUUGUGUGUAUUUCUAGGUUUGGUCAUUGACUCCCAAUCGGAGGUAACGAGUGUCAGCUGUCGGCUCGUUAUCUCUGAUUGGGAGCCAUAUUUAUUCUGUAUGUUUUCUUGUGGGAAUUGUGGGUUUUUGUUCCAAGUUCAGUCAUUGUCACUGUUGGACUUCACUAUCGUCUUUUGUUUUGUAUUUACGUGCUUUAUCAAUUAAAGUCAUUAUGUUCACUCAACGCGCUGCGUAUUGGUCCGCUUCCUCAGACGAUCGUGACACUAGCUCUGACUGGGAAAAUAUGGAUUGCCUCUUAUCCGCUUGUCGUCCCCUUAUGCCAUAGUUUGUACAUCUCAAUUGUCAGUAGAAACCACAUUUGUUUAAGCAAGUCAGCCAUAUCAGCUAUAUAUUUUUUUAAGGCAGUAAAUGAGGCUGAAUGAACUGUUUCACUGCCAGACAAGGCUCCGCUGAUUGCCAGGUGUAGCAGUGGUAAGGUGUUGGGGCUGCUGUUGGGACUCUGCUGUUGGGACAGCUUUAUGUAGGCCCUAAAAGUUUCUGGGCACCGUUUGUCACCGUUAUAGUGCAAUUACUGUAUUGUUUAGUGUUGUGUUGUGUAGUGGCUUUGCUGGCAUGCAUCCCACAAUUUGUUGCUUUGUUUGCCCCACCAAGAUUUACAUGCUAAAAUCGCCACUGAGUAGUACAUAUAUUAGAAUGAGCAAUGUGAAGAACACAGUAUGGGCCCGAUUCCGACCCGAGUUAAGCAAGCGUAAAUUGAACGUAAUUCCCUUUUUAUGCACUUUUCUCUCUGUGUAUUCUGACCUUGAACUUAAAGGGAUAUUUAGGGAUUUUGGCAAUGAUGCCCUUUAUCUACUUCCCAAGAGUCAGAUGAACUCAUGGAUUCCAUUUUUAUGUCUCUGCAUGCCAUUUGAAAGAAGUUGCUAACUACCGCUAGCGCAAUUGCUAUCUAGCGUUAGCGCAAUGACUGGAAGUCUAUGGGUAUCUGCUAGCAGACUUCCAGUCAUUGCACUAAAGCUAGUUAGAAUUGGCUCUUGAAACUUUCUUCAUACUGGACACAGAUACAUAAAAAUGGUAUCUACGAGUUAAUCUGACUCUGGGGAAGAAGAUAAAAGGGCCUCAUUGGCAAAAUCCCGAAGUAUCCCUUUAAGCAUGAGAAUAGUGUGCUAUUCACCUGCUAUUCGUUUUGGGUGGAGAUCGAAUAAAUUAAGGUAUGGUGGAGGUGUGUCUACAGAUACGCCAUAUUCUGACCUUGACUUAAUUCGCUAAUAAUUCCACCACCUUUACGCAUGAGGAAACCAUGAAUAAGGUCUAGAAAACCUACCGUUUCCAAGAGGAAAAAGCAUCUACUUGAUCUUUUCAGAUAGAAAUAACACCAUUCUCCAUGCACUGUAAUUUACACCUUGAUAAGAGCUAUUGAUAAGUGCUAGGUAAAUUAGUAAUCCAUUUGGAUAAGGGAAUUGUAAAUAUAAAUGACAUUUGUUUUAGAUAUAUUUUACCUUAAUAAUCGCUGGAGACAAAUGUGAAAUCAGUCAUAUGGCAGCAAAAUCAGAAGCAUAUCAACAUAACUUUCCCACAGUAAAGUUUAUGAAAUGCUGUGCCAUUAUGCAUAAUUUAAAUUGUCUUUUAACUUGCAGGGAUGGGGACUCUCGAAUGUCUUAAUUAUAGGCUAGCCCGACUUUCUCUGUCUCCUAUUUUUAUCAUGUUAAAUAUUAGCCAAUAUCAGUAUCGACCGUCAGCAGGCCUAAUAACAACACAUAUUCAACUGCCAAUUUACUGUACGUUUCCUUCAGUUGGUGUAGGCUACAUUAUCAUUAUAUUUAAUUAAAUGGUUUAGUUUACCUUAAUUUGCUUCCUGUGUAAACGCCGUCACGGCCAUGUGGUUGUUCCUGAGGAUCAUUAGUAACAGUUUAUAAUAUAAAAAAACAGACAUCCAGGCUAAUUAAAUCAUUAUGGAGCGGAACACAGACCAAGCCGUAACAGUUUGAACCUGACGCAUGAUGCAAUACUUGGCUGUGUCAAAACACAGUUCCAUUGUUAGUGCAGGCAAUAGAUGAGGGUAUAGCCUACUAUUGUACACUAUUCUCCCUAUUAUAAUUAUAUUUACGCUAAUCUUGCAACAGUACCAUGGGUUAAAGAACUGAAUGUGGCAAUUUUCAGAAUGUAUCAAACCACCGUUUUCUUUCUUUUGUGCAUAAAAGCUCUCCAAACCUGUUUUUUAUGAUUCAUAAAUACUUUCCUAACCCUAAAUAAUCUAAAACAUCAGAGUAUUUUUCAAUCUACCUAUUGGUGCUAAAACAAAGACAAAUAUACAUAUAUUUAUAUGGCUUUCUUUCAUUGAUCCCUAAUAUUCUGAACACGUUUUCUCAAUAUAUUCAAUUGAGUCUGUUGACAAAAUUCAAACUAAAAGGUACACUGUAUUUAAAGGGAGCCACACUGUUUAUACACACUGCAUAUUUAUAUACUGGAUUCUUAUUUAUAUACUGGUUAUAUGCCAGAUUCUUAUUCAUAUAAGGCCGAUUCCGAUUUAGGAAAUUACACCCUUCUUGCGUAUGGCUUUCCUACGCACUUCUCAGGAGUUGGUAGAAAAGUUACAGAGGCAUAAAUAUCAUCCCCCCCAGAAAAUGCUAACCUCCCCUGUUAUUGUAAUGGUGAGAGGUUAGCAUGUCUUGGGGGUAUGAUAUUUGUGCGUCUGUAACUUUCUCACUCAUCAUUAUUGACAUUAUUCACAUAUUCCAUUCUUAUUUGCAAUAAAAAUGACUCCAAAAUGACAAAAUACAUUAUUUACCAUUCAUUUCUAUGAAACACAACCAAAACAAACAGCAAAUGCAUCCAACAAGUUUGUAGUGUCAGAAGCUUGAUGUAAUCAUUGUGUGCUAGGAAUAUGGGACCAAAUACUAAACUUUUGACUACUUUAAUACACAUAUAAGUGAACUUGUCCCAAUACUUUUGGUCCCCUAAAAUGGGGGGACUAUGUACAAGAAGUGCUGUAAUUUCUAACCGGUUCACCCGAUAUGGAUGAAAAUAGCCUCAAAUUAAAGCUGACAGUUUGCGUAUGAUACAGAGACAUGCUACAUAGUCAUUAUAUCAGGUCAAAUCCAAACUGCUGGAGUACAGAGCCAAAACAAUAAAAAAUGUGUCACUGUCCCAAUACUUUUGGAGCUCACUGUACGUUUAUUAGAAGUGUGAAAAACCGUCUAAAAGAAAUGGUCCAGUGUUUAAUGUCUCUAUAUAAAGUGGGGUCCAAAAUUAUUGACAGCCUCGAUAAAGAUGAACAACAAUGACUGCACAAAACAAAUAUUGUAUGCUCAAAGAAAUUGGGGAAAUCACAUUCCUCGCUUGUCAGAUCUAGACUCUGUACAUAGGGCAGCAGUCUCUAAGGUGCAUCUGUGAUGCAGGGGAGGCUACCGCUGACCUUGGCUAGCAGGCUACUAUUACUACGCUACGGCAGCCCAAGCACCUGUAAUAAUGCUAUUGAGUGUGUGUUCAGUCUGGGGUUGUUGAUAGGGAACGUGAUAGUCCUGGUCUUAGUGGAUAGAGAAUGGAGUAUGGCUACCUAAGUGAAUCCCACUCUGUGUGUGUGGGUCUGUGUGUGGGACUCCUAGCGGGGCUCAAGUUUUAACAGGUGAACUUUAAAUUAAUUUCCUACCGAUCUGGUCUGGGGUGGAGAGGACAAAUGGCCCUCGCAGGAGAGGGAUUAGUGUGUGUGGGAGUGGCACAGUGGCUUCCCAAUCACCCUCUGUGCGCUUUGGACAAACACACACACAGAGGAGAGUGAGAGAAGAGGGGUAGGAGAGGGCAAGAGUAUGACUGCCCCACUGUUUAUUCAAAAGAGUCUUUCUCCUCUCUCUCCGCAACUCAGUUCAAAGAUGUUGAUGUAUUCUAACACUAUGGUCAAUCUGUUUUCCACUGCGAGGGCUCACCAAGCCAUGAAAUGGAAAAGGAGAUACAAUCAGUGGGUAUCUGCAAACAAGCCAUAUAAUCAUACAUGAGCUGGCAAUCGUUUGCCAUCAGCUAACAUUUUGUUGAACAGUGAAUGCAGCUCUGCCAGUGUACUUGUACUUUAUUCUCAUUUUGACCUCUCACUCUCACUCUCUCCCCUCCUCUUAUCUUUUUUAUCCUCUCUUACCUGACCCUCCUCUCUCCCUGUCCUCCUCUACCCCUGUGCUUACUUCCAUCUGCUUCCAAUCUACUCCUCUCAUCCUCUCCUUCUUCCCCUCUCCUCUUCUCCCACCUGGUCCCCUCUCCCUCUUCUCUUCUCUUCUCCUCUCCUCCUCCAGGAUUCGUACCUUUCCUAAGGAGUCUCCUCUGUUGGGUAGAGAUACGGUACGAGCUCUCAUGUACUAUGCCCUCAAGGUCUGGAGUGACAUCUCACCCCUCAACUUCCACGAAGUGGCGGGGAACGACGCAGACAUCCAGAUCGACUUCACCAAGGCAGACCACAACGACGGGUACCCUUUCGAUGGGCCGGGAGGCACCGUGGCACACGCCUUCUUCCCAGGAGAGAGGUUCACGGCAGGGGACACCCACUUUGAUGAUGAUGAAGCCUGGACCUUCAGAUCACCAGGUGAGUGGUUGGUGGUUUACUGUGCCUUCAGUGACUAG